UCUAAUCUGUCAACGUCACGAUGUUUCUAUGUCAGGCUCUUAUUUAAAAUCGUAAAUUGAAAUAUAAAAAUAGUCAACUAAUUUGCAUAAAACUUAAUUAUACAGUACUUUUGUGACACUUAUAACCCAUGAACCUCCUAUAUGUCACCUCAGUUCAGUAGCUCACGUCCUUAGGUGUUACCUUCCGCUCGAAAUGUUAACUCUGACAUUGAGGACUGCGAUCAGCCGCACAGUAGGCAGAGGUUUCGCAAGCUCUUUGGCAAAAUCGAAAGAGCAUUUGGACCCAGUGCAAGAGGCCUCCUUGAACGAAAGGUGCUUCCUGGUCGACGAAAACGACAAAAUCAUAGGACAAGCCAGCAAGAAAGAAUGUCAUUUGGUUCAGAAGAAUGGAGACAUUCCCUUGCAUAGGGCAUUUAGUGUGUUUCUGUUCAAUAAUAAGGGAGAUUUACUGUUGCAAAAGAGGUCGUCCCAGAAGAUUACCUACCCGGAUUGCUACACCAACUCCUGCUGUAGCCACCCCAUAGCGGAUUUCCCGGGCGAAGACGAGGACAAAGACGCUUUGGGUAUCAAAAGGGCGGCACAGCGCCGAUUAAACUACGAACUCGGCAUCCCGGUUGACAGCAUCCCCGUCGAGAAACUCAAUUACGUCACCAGGAUACACUACAAGGACGAGGGUAACGGAAAAUGGGGCGAGCACGAGAUAGACUACGUCCUGUUCCUGCAGGCGGACGUCAAGGUCAAGCCCAACCCCAGCGAGAUAUCGGAGAUCAGCUUUAUCCCUAGGAAUGAGCUGGACGAGUUCAUUCCUACGUUGACGGGUCCUUUGACGCCGUGGUUCCAGAUGAUUCUCAAGCACAGGUUGAGGUUCUGGUGGGAUAAUUUGCAGGAUAUCGAGGCUUUCAGGGAUCACGAUAAAAUCCUCCGGCUCAAGCUUUGAUUUGGGGGAUUUGUUCAUUUUUCUCGCGUGGCAUUAUUAUUGUUUUUACCCAGUUUGUUUUUUCAAGAAGAUUUGAAAUAGUUGUUAAGUAUAUUUAUUUCUAUAUUAUUAAAGUGCAAUUAUACUUUU